UGCUCCAGGUUCUGGCUGUGGUAGAGAUCAAAUCCAGUGGGAGGAGGACAGAACCAAGCACCCAUUCGAAGGAUCUUCAGUGUCCCGAGGCAGAUGUGUGGGCAGAGGUAGCUGGCUGAGAAAGGCGGCGAUUUGCGGGGAGGCCUGAGUCACAAGGCGGCUGGCUUGGGCUGAUCGAGCAGGGCUGGAAGAGCAUCUCGGAGUGUGGCAGAGGCCCUGGGCCUUUGAGGCUGGCCAGCUGAUGACUCAGCCGGGUGGCUGUGCCCGUCGGAUGCAUGGGAGCUGCUCUAGAAACAGGUGAACGGUACGGUCUUGCGGGCUGAUGUGCUUGCUCAAGCUACUCAGGCUAGUGAGAUUUUCUUUUACGAGGGCUCUUCAGUGUAUAUCAGCUGCCUUCGCCAUCCCUACAGUUUGGGAAGCCCAAAGUGCAUUCUCAGCCCUGCCCUGAACUCAACUGACUGCAACCGUGAUGUGCUCGCAUUUCAGCCAUAGACUCAGAGUAAGGGUAUCUACGCAGGCAUCUGUUUGUGAGGCCCUGGAAAGGGCUGAAAGGAUACACAGCUGACUUCAGUGUCCCUUUUGGCAGGCAGCACGACUGGGGACUGGGGAACCGCGGAGGAACNCAACGUGCACUUCCUGUCCUCCCUGCUGGCCCCGCACCGGAGUCCUGCUGUCGUGCCCCUGGGCGCCUGGGCCAGGGAAGGAGCCGCCCACCCCGGUGUCCAGGUGCUCGGCUCCCGGCCGGAAUCUGCGUGGCGAGGGGUGCGUGGCGAUGCCCGGCCCGAGGUCCCCUCAGUGGACAUGGAAAAGGGCCCUCUGCUUGGCGGGAUGUCCAGUACGGAGGAGGAAAUCGUGACAGACCUUUUCAGUGCAGAGAGUCCGUUUGCUUCUGAAAACCUUACCCUGAAACCCCCGGUGGUGGUGAAGCACGAGGAGGAUGAGUUCCACGUGUUUAAAGACGCGUAUCUGAGCUCCGCGGACCCCAAGGAGCCCUUCUUGCACGCGUUCAACCCCCCGCUUCACGUGGACUGUGAGAGUCAAGUCAAAGUGGAGCUCGUGGUGGACGACAACGACAAGGAGGAGAUGCUCCCGGAGUACCCGAGUCUCCCCGAGCUCAGCCCCCUGGAGGCCACGCAGCCUGUGGCCCCGCAGCCGCAGGCCUACAACGUGCACUUCCUGUCCUCCCUGCUGGCCCCGCACCGGAGUCCUGCUGUCGUGCCCCUGGGCGCCUGGGCCAGGGAAGGAGCCGCCCACCCCGGUGUCCGGGUGAUUCCAGUGGAAAUAAAGGAAGCAGGUGGUGCAAUUAUAAGUAACAAUCCAGAGGAAGCAACUUUUCAGAACUCUCUCGGUCCAGAAUCCUGUUGCAAGUUCCCCUCAUCACAAGAAGCCGAGGACGCCUCUGGCUGCUCUCACAAGAAAGACUUUAACCCAAUGGUGAUAUGUCAGUUGAAAGGGGGCACACAAAUGCUGUGUACCGACAAUUCUGGCACAAGGGCACUAAAAGCACUUCAUUUGGUUCCUCAGAAUCAAGACCAAAAUAAUUAUCUACAGUCAGAUGUCCCUAAACCAAUGACAACUUUAGUAGGAAGAUUUCUGCCAGUACCAGCAAAAUUAAACCUCAUUUCACAACAACUUGAAAACGGAGCCUUACCAUCGCUAGUCAACGGGUCUACUUUCCCUUUGGCAUCCGCUCUUCCAGGACCACCAAAAAUAACUUUGGCUGGGUACUGUGAUUGCUUUGCCAGUGGGGACUUUUGCAACAACUGCAACUGUAAUAAUUGUUGUAACAAUCUACGUCACGAAAUCCAGCGGUUCAAGGCCAUUAAGGCAUGUCUUGAUAGAAACCCAGAAGCUUUCCAACCAAAAAUUGGGAAAGGCAAAUUGGGAGACGUGAAGCCUCGCCACAACAAAGGCUGUAACUGCCGGCGCUCGGGCUGCCUCAAGAAUUACUGUGAGUGCUAUGAGGCCAAAAUUAUGUGUUCUUCUAUUUGCAAAUGCAUUGGUUGCAAAAAUUAUGAAGAAAGCCCGGAACGGAAAACCCUAAUGAACAUGCCCAACUAUAUGGAAAUUGGAGGGUUUGAAGGCAAUCACCAUUUGUCACCAACUAAAUUCUCAGGACUACCAAAAUUCAGACCAGACAGGCGCUCCUCGUCGUGCAUCUCCCGGGAGGUGGUGGAGGCCACGUGCGCCUGCCUGCUGGCCCGGGGCGAAGAGGCCGAGAAGGAGCGGCGCUCGGCGCGCCUGGCGGAGCAGAUGGUCCUGGAGGAAUUCGGGAGGUGCCUGUCGCAGAUCCUCCGUAUUGAGUUGAAGUCCAAGGGGUUGAAAAUUGAGUAG